CUUCAGUAGUGUGGAAACAGCAAACAAGCGCAUACCUAACGCUGGUGUCGUCUCAAACCAGAUAUUCAGCAAAGGAUUCAGUUUAGGGACAAAACACUGAGCAGUACAUAAUGGAUCUGAGCAGCGUUUCACCUGAAUUGGUGAGUGACUCUGACCUGAUCAACUUGGUACGGAUUGAUUGUGGUGGUUUUGGAAGUAUCUACAAAGCCCGACAUCUUUCCUGGUGCUGUGACGUGGCAAUCAAAUGCCUUCACUGUGACGAUGGGAAUGGCUCAUCUUUGCUACGUGAAGUCAAGCUGAUGCGCCAGGGGAGCAGCCCGUAUGUUAUUCAGGUCCUUGGGGUUUUCCAGGGUCAGUCACCAACACAUCUGGGUCUGGUCAUGGAGUUUAUGGAGAGAGGAUCACUGUGCUCAAUGCAGAAAGUCUUACAGAAGCCACCGCCCUUGCCUCUGCUGUUCAGACUGGCUCACCAGGUGGCCCUGGGUAUAAACUUCCUCCACAGCCGAACUCGGACCAUCCUGCACUUGGACCUGAAGCCCAGCAACGUGCUGCUGGACUGCUCCCUCAACGCUAAGCUGACAGAUUUUGGCCUCGCCAGGAUUUACAACAGCAUGUCACAAGCUUCCAAGAGAGACAGUGAAAAUCCAAUGGGAACCAUCAACUACAUGCCUCCUGAGGCUUUUCGGUCAUUAUCAUACACCCCCACAAAGGCCACCGAUAUCUACAGCUAUGGUAUACUGCUGUGGUCCAUCGCAACAGGGAAACAGCCAUAUCAAAAUGCAUGGCCCAGCCGGGUGAAGUUUCUUAUACCAAAGGGAGAGCGGCCAUCGCUGGAUGAAAUGGUGAAUCGUGAAGAACUGGCAGAACUGAAGGAGCUCAUGGUGAGAUGCUGGGUGAACUCACCUGAACAGAGACCCUCCUCCAAGGAUUGCACAACUGAGACAGAAAGACUGUACGAGAAACACAAACAUGGGAUUGAUAAUACAGUCCAUCGAGUUCUGACCAAACUGAAAGGAAAAGAACCAACAGAGCAGGGACAAAAAGAUCAGUUAUCUACAGCGAGUGUCAGAACUGAGUCUGUCAACAUUCCCCUUGACGUCCCGACGGGACCCAUGCCUGUUCAGGAAGUGGCUGGUGGUCGGCCUGAAAAUGAUCUCCGUGCCAAAGACUCAAAUCCAUGUCAAAGCGUGUUACCUGACCGGAAGAGCGGAUCAAAAAACAUCAAGCCGUCCUCUGUUCAACCCAUUCGUUCUUCACCUCCUCCCAACUUGAGCAGGGAGCUUCCUCAGGGCUCGACAGAGAAAACCAAAACGGAAGUCCAGUCAUCUAAACAGUACCAGCGUCAGCAGUCCAGCCCAAACUCUCAUCGGCGGCGAUUCUUCCAAGCGCACUUCAGCAACAUCACCGCAUUGCAGCUCGGCGACAACAACACCAUGCACAUCUCGGCUCCGAUCCCAUUCGAGGGGCAGCGGCGGCGACACCGAACAGCCCCGUCCCGAAUCGACCGCCAGCCGCCACAGUGAGGCGCGGGAGUUUACAAGCAGUGUGUGUGUGUGUGUGUGUGUGUGGCAGCUGUGUUUGAUGAGUUAGACAACAUUCCAUUUUCAUGUUUGCAUUUAUAUUUAUGAACAUAUUUUUAAACUGUCCUCUCAAUUUCUAUUUAUUCCACUGCUUUUGUUUUUUGUUUUUUUUUUUUACACCAGCCUGUGAAGCAUCUCGCACAUUUUGCCUGGUCAGCAUUAUAAAGCCGAGCCAGCUCCGGUCAUGUGGUCAGGGAUAUUUCACCCACUGUGGUCAGCAGAUAGCCGCUGUUGCUGUGCCAGGUCGCCAUCCGGCGCCAAGACCAUAGCCUCAGUCGCAGUUAGUCUAUUAAUCACACAAUCUACACUUGAAAAUCAGUCUAUUUUCAUGCAUGAAAACUACUGUUUUUGUUUUUUGUUUUUUGACAAAAGCUUCCAAAAAGUCACUUUUAUGUCAAAGAAUAAACACAUUUCUAUGAAAUUGUGUCAUUAAAUAAAAUAUACGUGGUGUAAAGUGUGUCAUUUCAUUAUGUUCUAUGGUUUUGAGAGCUGAACUAUUGUUGAUAAUAAAAAGCCAAACUGAAAUGGCGUUAGAUAAAUAGACAAUGUACUUUUUUUUUUUUUACAUUGACACUGAUAAUAUCUAAAAAUGUAAUUUCACGUGUUUACUUCCUCU